AUGUCUCGUAUAAUCAGCAAAUUAGUAUAAAUUAAUGCUAUUUAGUUUUCUGACUCUUCUGCUUCAGAAAAAGAUCUGCCUUAAGGAUUUGCUGAACAAAUAUUGCAACAUGACAUCAAUUUUGUGUUGAGCAAUUUUACUAAUCUAGAUGCUUUGAACCAUUUGGUUUAAUUGUAUAUGGUAAAGUUGUUAUUGAAAAAUAUUUAGAAAGGAGUUGAAUACUAUGAAUCAUUACAGGAUCGAAAAUAGGAAUAUUUUAAAUAUAAACUACAUUGGUUGAUGAGUCAUCCUAACCUAUUAUAAGAAAAAUCAAAAAAAGUAGAAAUGCAUUACCCAUCUAUUCAAGAAAAAUUACUCUAAAAAAUAGAGCCUGAUGGGAAAAACUAAGUUCAAUAAUUAAUCACAAACAUUCAAUAGGACAAAUAAAAUCAUUUGAAGUUAUAAAAAGUACAUUGUAAUAAUUCUAUUUCAGCUUAUAUCUAAUGAAAUAAACGAUCAAUAAUAAAGGAUCAAUAAUCGAUUAAGGCAAAGAUCCACUUCAAAAAAUGAGAGAGAUAUAAAAUAACAACCUUAAACCUAUCAUAAUCAUAUUUACUAAAAUUAAAUUCAUAGUCUUUAAUAACCGCAAAUAUAAGAAGCUAAACCAGAAGAUGAGCAGUCAUAUGUUAUAUCAAAAAAUAUAUCACCCCAUAAAUGA